AUCCCUGUGCCUCUUUACCCCGGGGAGACACUCCAGCAGUACACGUUCAAGUUCAAGAAAUGGCUGACGGACAAGGGCGAGGAUUUGGCGGUAAUGCGCAACGAUCCGAAUCGAGAACGCUCGUUCUGGCACUCGUUCGCCCACCAUCGAGUGGGGAUGCUGUCGACGCUGACGCCGCCGCCAGGAACGCACCCGAAAGGCCAGAAGCGCAGCGUUGAGGACGAUUAUGAUGAUUCAUAUCAUCGAUCGGCUUCGAUCGAGCGGAAACGAGUCCGGCGGGAGAAGGCUUCUAUUGCAAGUGGAGCAAAGCAACUUGCCGGUGUCGAUGAAGAGAAGCGUUGUGUAAACGUUACGGGUACUGAAGGCGAUAUCGAGCGUCCAAAACACGGGCCCACCAGUGCACUUUACCCUAAAUCUCUUCCACCCUGGGCUCAAGUGUUAAUUGACCGCGUACAAGAGCUUGAGAAUAAAGUUACCCGGUUACAAGAAGAAGUGGACCGGUGUCACGCACGAAACGGAGAUUGUAGCAGUCAGCGAGGUGCAGAUCAAAAGCACAAGAAUGAAUGCUGCGAAGAAGACGCGCUAUCUCCCCAGUAUACUGCGGUUGAUGCGGACGAGAAAAUUAAAGACACUGGUGGCCUAGCGAAAGAUGUCGACACUAAAGAUACCACGAGCAACGCAGCAUUUGCGGCGCCACCCCAGUCCGCUGAGGACGCGGAGCAGCGGCGUCUGACUGAGGAGUACGAUCGCUUGAACGAACUGAUCAUGAUGAACGAGACUGCCAUUGACGAUGCGCUCGCCUACGUGAAGGCUAUUAAAGAGGUCGACGAAGCCGGUGCCCAGGAGCAUCAGAGUCAAAUUAUGGAGCUUGUUGUCUCGAUCAACCAGGAGAAAGAGAGGCGUUCGUUUGCCUUAGCUGCGAUGAUCACCUACAGUUGGUCGGGGAGGGAAGACGAAUUGGUCUCGUUGCUGGAUGUUGAGAUAUCGCAAGCUCAUUCAGACGAGGCGAAGCACGAAAAGUGCGCUGCGAUUUCUUCUCAGAUUGAAGAAAAAGACAGCGAACUUGAGACUCUGGAGAUGCAGAUGAAUGACCAACUGCAA